AUGAACCCUAUUUUAACAAUAAUUUUAAUUUCUUCUCUAAUUUCUAUUACUUUAGUCUUCGUAGCUUUCUGAUUACCUCAAAUAAACCCAGAUAUAGAAAAGCUCUCUCCCUAUGAAUGCGGUUUUGACCCCUUAGGCUCAGCUCGAUUACCAUUCUCCAUACGAUUUUUCCUUAUUGCCAUUUUAUUCCUACUUUUUGACCUAGAAAUUGCUCUCCUUCUACCACUCCCAUGAAGUAUCCAUCUUAAUCCUUUAUAUGUACUAAUAUGAGCAUUUAUGAUUAUUAUACUGCUUACUAUUGGCCUAAUUUAUGAAUGAGUUCAAGGCGGAUUGGAGUGAGCAGAGUAA